AAAAUCAUAUUUUAGUUGAGCGGCUCCGCGGGGAGCAGCUCGUCAUUGACCGGCGGGGGCUGCUUGCUUGCGGGGGUCUUUUGGGUUUGUCCUGGCUGCUGCUGGUGCUCAUGGAUGUUUGUAGCUUAAAGACCAGGGUGUGAGUUAGUGUUUUGUUACAGAAUGGUUUUAAGAAAAAGGCUAAAAUGGUGCCUUUGUAGUGGGAGUAUUAAUGCUGCCGGUGCCUUGUAGCCUGUAAUGAAAGUUAGCAUAACGUUAGCUCAUGCUAGGCCUUCCGUUUCCUUCGGUUUGUCAGGACGGUUUAUUGUUUUAUUUCUCCCUUUGUAAACCAGGGCUUUGUUGCUCUUUUGUUCGCUGAUUUUUUUUUUUUUUCCUUUUGCUCUCUGUGGUUGAUAAGGCAGUGACAUGAAGAGAGUGAACAGCUUUCAGAGGUUUAUGAACAGACGGGCCUCUGCUAACUGUCGCUACCAGCCCACCUGCUAUGAGCAUGCUGCAAACUGCUACACUCAUGCACUCCUCAUUGUGCCGGCCUUCGUGGGCAUGGCGUUACUGCACCGUCUGUCGGACAACAGCUGGGAGAAGAUCACAGCCUGGGUGUACGGCAUGGGCCUCUGUGCCCUCUUCCUGGUCUCCACUGUGUUUCAUAUCAUCACCUGGAAGAAGAGCCACAUGAGGUCUGUGGAACAGUGUUUCCACAUGUGUGACAGAGUAGUCAUCUAUUUCUUCAUUGCUGCCUCCUACACACCUUGGUUAAACCUGCGUGAACUGGGCCCUCUAGCAGCACACAUGCGCUGGUUUGUGUGGCUCAUGGCUGCUGCUGGAACCAUCUAUGUCUUCAACUACCACGAAAAGUAUAAACUUGUCGAGCUGGCCUUCUAUUUGACGAUGGGAUUUUUCCCCGCAUCAGUCGUGACGUCAAUGAGCAACACUGAGGGGCUUCAUGAGCUGGCCUGCGGAGGACUCAUCUACUGCCUCGGUGUGUUCUUCUUCAAGAGCGAUGGCGUCAUCCCCUUCGCCCACGCCAUCUGGCACGUGUUCGUGGCGCUGGCUGCGGCUGUGCACUACUACGCCAUCUGGAAAUACCUCUACAAGGCUCCCAGCGCCGACACCCUCCUCGAUUCGUGACCACGGCGGACGGGGGUGGGAGGGACCUGUUCUCGCUUGCACACUGACUCCCUCAACUGCCCACUGAAGCUGCAGCGACAGCCGAAAAGUUUACGAAAAUACUGACCAUGAAUUGUUUACUGUUUUCUAAUGUGGAGGAGAACAGGUUUUUCAGCGUCUCCCUGACAAACAAAAGCUACUUUAAAAGCUGUUUUCUACAACUUCAGUCUAAAAAAAAACAAAACAAACUUGACAGCGAGGGAGGGAAUUUAGACUUUUUACUCUUAGUACUGACCUCGGCACAUUCGUGAGUAUUUGAGAAAUUUGAUAGCACUCUUUUGUAUCACUUGAAGAGAGUCACAUUCCACAUUUGGGGUCGUUUGUGUAUCAAAACCUGGAGACUUGUCCAUUUCAGGGGGUGAUUUGAACACGGGGGGGGACAGAUGAAGCACGAGGACACAUUGAUAUUUGAGUUGCAGUACCAGUACCAGAAUUGUACUUUUUGAUGCUUUAGUCUUGAGAACGAAAGAAGCCAAAGCUGUACAGGAACUUUGCCAAAGUAAAAUAGUUUCAAACUGGCAAAAUUUGAUUUAAAUCAGGAAGAGAUUUGUAUGAAUCUGACCAGACAUUCAAUGCCAACUUUGAAUACUCUGUACCCAAAAGUGUUUGCUUCAGUACCCAACCCUAAUCAGUAGUUAAAUACAGUUUGAAGUGUUGGUCGUUCAUUUUCCCAUUUUCUUUAUUUUUAUAAUGAUUGCAUUUUCAACCCAUCUGAUCCAGAUCCACACUCUUUUUAUUGAGUCUAAUGCUUCGUUUCUGACUCCAAAUGCAGUCCUCGGUUGUCCGAGAACCACAGUGGAUCCUGGUUAGUAUGUAGCGCCCCCUGCUGGUGGGCUGGUGUAAGAGGGUGAGUCACAACAUUUCAGGGAGGUGCGGAGGUGAGAUGGGGGGAGGUGGGAGUUUUUGUUAAUGAGCCAAAGGAGAGAAAAUCAGUUCAGGCAGUGUGAUGAAACUGAAUUGUUUCACUGUAUUUGUAAUGUGAACAGCGUGCAGUAGAGUGUGUGUGUAUGCACGACCUUUGUGUACUGUAGUCCAGUAUUACAUUUCCACUGAUUCUCUCUGUUUUUGAUUUGCACCACUAGGACAAACAGUGUUUCCUGUCUGUGUUCUCAAGUGGGUUUGAUCAGUGGAGAAACCUCAUGUUCUUGUUUUUGUCUCCUGCUGUUGGUUUUGUAAAUUUGCUCAAUGGCUCCUGACUCAUAAAUCUACCUUUCUGUUGCUUUCCUCUUAGUGACGUGUGGAGCUGAAUGAUUGCAUAUUUUUUAAUUGUGGCUCUUGUUGAAAUGAUUUCCUUAACCACUCUGUUUUGUAAUGUUUGUAUAUUCUGUUGUUCUGUUGAUUAUAUGAAUCCUGGCCUUCGCAGGGGAAAAAAACUCCUCGUCUGUUCUGUUGGCUGUUAAUGGUGCUGCAUAAACAUGAAUGCUCUUCCACUAUACUGAAUAUCACCUUUCUAAUGUGACAAUAAAAAAUGAUCAUGCCCCA